AUGGUGGGACUGAGGAACUGCUCUACAUGGGAACCAUUGCUCCUCAAGGCCUCCUGCAUCAAGUCCUGUGCCAACGGCUGCUCCCUGGGCAUCACUGCACACCUUACCUAUGCUAACGCUGACAUAGAGUCUGUAGAAGGUGUCUUUGUGUACCCUCUCGGGGAGAAGGAGGUUGUGGUAGGCUUUGAAGCUGUGAUUGCGGGCCGCAUGGUGGGGGUCCAGAUACAGAGCCGAGGGAAGCUGAAGGACUGCUGUUUGGAUUGCUGUCCUGGAUCUGGUCUUGAAGGGCACUGUGGGAAUGGCCGGGAGUGGGGCUGCUGUGGGAGCUCCAGCCUUGACAUGCACUGCACCAAUGGACAUCUCAUCCUGGACGAAGACCUUGAAAGAACCACCUUCAUCGUGGGCACAGGCGUCAUUGGCCCCAUGGAUAUAGUAUCUGUUAUCAUAAGAACCACACUAGAACUCCCCACAUUAGAAAAUGGAGCAAUCAGCAUUGUCUACCCCACAUUGCUGACACCAAUCGUCACUGGCCAGAUGACUCCAAGCAAGAGUGAAAAUGGGGGAAAAUUUGAAGAAACUGGAUCAACCAGCUGUUUUGGUGCCACCUCAGCAAAGCAAGACCGGGUCCUAGACUCUGAGCAGCAGUGUGCCUAUGCCAUCUUCACCAGUCCAGCUGCUAACCUGGCACCUUAUGAACUAAACUUCCAGCUACUGGUCAGAGGGGCCUGCCUACUGGCCGGUUUGGAGAGCCCCACUCACGCUCUGAGGGCAGAUGCAGACCCCAGUGCCCAAAGUGCCUCUGCAACCUACAUCACCUUGGCACAGGAGCAUCCAUUUGACCGACACAUAGAGAUCAUUCUGCACCUCAGUGAACCUCACAGCCCAUUGGUCAUAUUAGAAAGAGGCAGGCUUUCAUUCAGCCAGUAUGAAGAGCAGAUCUACUCCCGUCGGGAUUUCAUUCGCUGCACUCGCAAAGAUUCACAACCCGAGAGAAAGCUGGAGUUUGUGAGGAAGCGAUACCACAAGGACAUUCUGAGCAGCCCCGUCUUGAUGCUCAAUUUCUGUCCCGACUUGCUGCGUGAACCUCUGGAGCUGCACAAAGCCACCAGAGAACUGUUGUUCCUUGUAGACCGCAGUGGCAGCAUGAGUGGCACUAACAUCCACCAUGUAAAGGAUGCCAUGGUGGUGGCAUUGAAGAGUCUCCCUCCUGGCACCAUGCUCAACGUUGUGGGCUUUGGUACCACCAUCAAGCCUCUGUUCACCUCCAGCAAGCUCUGCACUGAUGUCACUCUAAUGCAAGCAUUAGAGUACAUCCAGAGGAUGAGAGCUGACAUGCGAGGCACCAACCUGCUGGGGGCGCUAUCCUGGGUGUACCAGCAGCCAAUGCAGCGCUCAUAUCCUCGCCAGGUCUUCAUUAUCACAGAUGGAUCCAUCAGCAAUAUGCCUAAAGUGCUGGAGCUGGUUCGAAGAAACACAUGCGCUGGCAGAUGCUUUGGCCUAGGCCUUGGUCCUCGAGCAUGCAGGAGACUCUUGCAGGGCGUUGCCAAACUGACAGGAGGGACGACAGAGUUCUUGGAUGAUGAGGAGAGACUUCAGCCCAAGUUAAUAAAGUCUCUGAAAAAGGCCUUUGAACCUGUGCUGACUGACGUACGGAUUGACUGGUAUCUGCCAGAAAACAUGGAAGCUUUUCUUUCACCCAAUGAAAUCCCUCCGCUCUACCCUGGGAAUCGUCUAAUCGGAUAUUGCACUCUAUAUGAUAUGACGAAUUUCAAAGCAAAAAGGACAGAGGUAUACGUAACUACAUUCUUUGAAAGUGCACAUCGUGGCUCCACGGGUUCAGUUUUUGGACAGUCAAAUGAUGAGCUUUCACCUCCCACGGCCUCCGAGUUAAUGCCUGUGGUGACAUGUGCCGAUGGCACCAACCUGGAUGAGGCACUGAGGGAGAUUUCCAGGGAAAUCUCCUCUGAGUUCUCCUGCGCCAGAAACACAGACCCUGGAACCAGCCCAGGUGCGGAGCUAGACCGGUCCAGUGACGUGAGGAGGAGGAUCCAGGAGAGCUCAUAUAUCCAGGAGCAGUAUGUCCUUACUCGCUGCUCCCUCAGUAGUGAGCAGAGUCUACAAACACAGUCCCACUCACACAUAGACGCCUCGUCCAACUCUGACUCUGCAGGCGGGGUCUUUCUCCCUGACCCUCACUCCUCUGGUUCAGUGCUGGAUACUGGUUCUCUACCCCAAGGCCUUGAAAAGAUGCCCCCUGGAGAACAGAGAUCAUCCCUGUCUCGGUGGGCAGACUCUGCAUGGCAGCAAAGCCUCUCAGCAGAAACCGCUGAUAACGGGGCAGAAAAGAGUGGGCUUCUGGAUGGAGCCGAGGAGUCUCGUAGGAGACAUAAAGUACUUGCCCGUUCAACCAUGGCAGCACGGAGUUUCUCGUCCCCCCAGGGCGAGCUGGAGAUGCAUCGCCUAAGGAGAGCUCUGGAGAGGGUCUCCUUUGACCAAACGCUAGGAGGGAGACUGGACGAAAGCGAUGGGGAGACAAAGCCCCCAUCACAAGGCACACUGUCCCGUCGAAGCCUCACUGACUCGAAUGGACUCCUGUUCCCUGCUUCUCCUUUGGACUGGGACAGCUUCACAGACCCAGAGUACCUUUUUACUGCUGCACCACCGGAGGAUCCUCCACCAGGUCAAUGCCGCUCGCUCAUUCACGGCCUGUUGAGCGGAAGACCUGUGUCCUGGGAGGUCACCGUGGACCUGGGGCACCUCUGGACCCCUGAGGGGGAAGGGGAAGAAGGAAAAGGAGGGGAAACAUGGGAUGAGAUCAUUCACCAACUGACUGCUCGCUCAGUUAUUAGGGACUUCGAGAAAAUGGCCGAGAAGGAGAGCGACUGUGGACAUGGUUCAGCAAAGCGAUACCGCAUGAAGGCUAUCCAGACCAGUAAGCAUUGUAACAUCAUCUGCAUGUACACAGCCUUCACUACCACUGAUAGCAACACCAACAAAGGCUUGCAGGACAGCAUGGACGUCCAAAACACAGGGGUGCAUUUGGGGAACAGCCAGAGUUCCCAAUCAGGUAGUCGCAGACAGAUGGUGUAUUCUGUUGGUUUAGGCAGACGGCGCACCAGCAGAGACAGCGAAGAGAUCGAGGACACCUGGAACUCUACAGACAGAGAUGACACCCCUGCCUCACCCUGUAGCCUUACAUCCUGGGACUCUACUACAACAGGCGCCUCGUGCACUCGUUCACGGCGAUCUAUCGAGAGCAAGUCAAUGGAGAGCUUCUUUGGCGCCAGAUUUCCACUAGGCAGACUCAGGUCCUCCAUUUCAUCAGGAAAGCAGGUUCCUCUCAAAUCCCACUGUCUGUCUGCAGAAACUGAGAAACAACCUGAAGCUGAAGCUCCAGACUACCUGCCGUUGGUGCAUCUGCAGCUGGCAUCAGGAGCUUUUCUACUGACAGAGAUCUACUCUGACUGUGUCCAGAUCCCCCUGGACCGCCUGAAAAGGGCUUCCCCCUACAGCCUGCACCGUCGCAGUCUCAGCCCACCAUUUCGCUGCACAUCUCCCAGUGCUCCAUCUUUAUCCACGCUACGCCGAAGACACCCGUCUGACCGAGACCCUGUCACCUCACCCCAUGACCUCCCCAGCUCUGAGGAGGGCUCCUUGGAGCUAUCUGUUGGACCAUCUCAGACACUGAGCCACGGCCAGGCAGAUAGUGGCCGUGGAUCAGAGACAGAUGUAUGUGAAGGAUCCUCAAUAGAGCCAUCUGAUCUCCAAGGGAGCAGCCAGUUGGCUCAAGAGGACAUCGAGGGCUCGAGCUGGGCCACAGCUGUGGCUCUAGCCUGGCUCGAGCACCGUUGUGCCGGCUACUUCAUGGAGUGGGAGCUGGUGGCAGCAAAAGCAGACUUCUGGCUGCGCUGCCAGGAGCUGCCUGAGGGAGUGGACCCGGCAGGGCUGAAGGGAGCUGCCAGACAGCUGUUCCUGCUGCUCCGCCACUGGGACGAGAACAUCAAGUUCAACAUGUUGUGUUAUAACCCUAAUAAUAUGUGA